AUGGUAAAAAAAAAUUCAUUCAUCUCAGUUAUUACACAAGAAGAAAAAGAAGAAAAUAGUGGAUCUGUUGAAUUUCAAGUAUUCCAUUUUACCAGUAAGAUACGGAGACUUACUUCACAUUUAGAAUUGCACAAAAGAGAUUUUUUAUCACAAAAGGGUCUACGAAUAAUUCUAGGAAAACGUCAACGAUUAUUGACUUAUUUGUCAAAGAAAAAUAAAGUGCGUUAUAAGAAAUUAAUGGAUCAAUUAAAUAUUAGGGAAUCAAAAAUUUAUUAA